AUGUCCGAGAAGUUCUACCGCGCCCUCUCGGCCAUCGACGAGGCACAUUCCCAAGACCCCAACCUCACAACCAUCACGGAACAAAAUGCAGAGACCAAAUCGAUCCCAUACGAACUUCACUACGCCCAGAAAAUGACCUCAUAUCUCAAUACCUACAACCCAUCCGCCUCUGAACUGUUACGUCUCGCAAUUCGCGCUCAACACUUGCGGCGCUGGGAAGUACCCCGCUCAUCAUAUCCAACCACCAAAGUAGGAUACUUGAGUUGGCGCACGUUCCUCAAGAACCGACAGGCCGAUCAGGCGCGACAAAUAUGUCUUGAUGCAGGUUACUCGGAUGGGGAGGCUAGUCGAGUUGCAGCGUUGAUCAGGAAGGAGGGACUAAAACGGAAAACUACGACGACAACAGACGAGGCUGCUGAGGCCGAGGAGGACGAAACGCAGAUCUUGGAAGAUGUGGCUUGUUUGGUGUUUUUGGAUGAUCAGUUCGCUGCUUUUGAGAAGACUUUGGAUGAAGAAAAGGUACUGGGUAUUCUGAGAAAGACUUGGGGCAAGAUGUCGGACAAGGGGCAUCGUAUGGCGCUUGAGAUUCAGAUGAGUGAUAGGUGUAGAGAGUUGGUACAGAAAGCGUUGAACCCAUGA